GCGCAUUGUGUAUUUUCUUGCUUUCAAUAUGAAAACGAACAUAGUUUUUAAUGAACUAGUUUUUAACCGCAAAGCACCAAUGAGAAGACUUUAAACCUCAAAGGUGAGCAGAAAUAGAGAUCGUUCCUCCUCUCUGCGCGACAAGCCCUGCAGCACGGAGCACAAACACAUAGUCUGACAGCGCUUUGAAGAUACAGUAUGUGGGCUUGGAAAUGACGCGCGAUCAGGUGGAACAAGACAAAUCGUCUUUUAGGCUUUAGACAAAUGCUGCACUGUAUAAUGUUUAAAGCAUGCAAGGCAGGGCUUGUGGAAAAACUGCAGAGGUUUCUGUAGAUGCCGGGCAAAAGCCUCUCAUGGUAACACAAACUUCUUCAGUGUUUACCAUCAGCACGCGUUAUCUAGCGCAAGAGCCGGGAAGAAACGAUCCUGAUUUCGUUUUCAGUUUGGUUUCCGAUAAGUCUCCUGCUGGAAAGAAAUAAAGACUAUUAAUAAUAUUGUUUUAAAGCGACAGUUACAGACCGAUGUCAUAAGCUCGUAAGGAAUGGCGCCAGACCUCUGAGUGCAGAAUGAUUCUCGUCCUGCUGCUCCUCCAGCUGGCCUCGACCGGCAAAGGCAAGGAGAUUCAGACACAUGGAGGGAAGGAGGAAGAUGCUGCCCUGAUGCCUGUCAAGCCCCAUAUUGAACACUGCCGCUCCCCUGACAUGGAGACCUUCACCUGCUGGUGGAGCGCAGACAGCAACGCCACAGAGGGCCUCAGCAACACCACCUACACACUCACCUACACCAUAGGGUGAGAGGAGCACACGGGCAGGGGCCUUCCCACAGCUGCAGGGAACACAGGGAGAAUACCCCUCACUGACCC